CAUAAAUAUUUACGUUUGAAAGCAUCAUAAAGUUCAAUUAGAGCAAAUUGAUAAGUUCCUAAAGAUUUAUUUCUGUGAAGUGUAAAGAGCCAAUCACAAAGUGAUUAUCACAUAAUUUUGUCAAAAGGCGGCAUAAUUGAUUUUGAAACCGUAAUCCUUCCCCACAUUCACACACAAAGAUCCUAACUGUAUAUGCGCGUAUGUGGAAGGUGUUUCAAGGAAGGCAAAGUAUGUUAAAAAUAUAAAAUCUUCAAUAGACUACUACAUAAGAAGUAGAAAAAAAAGUAAAGACCAUAAGCUCAAAGAAAAAGACUUUAAAUUCGCAACAUCAACACAUGUAUAGGCAUUUGCACCACGGACGGGGAAACUUAAACCAUCGUAUUCGCCGCCCGCAACGGCAACGCUGCACUAAUUUACGAAAACCCUGAAGAUAUCUCACAGCUAUAGGCACCAAAACCAUCAACGUAACCGCAACAGAAAGCAACCAAAAAACGUAUAAUAGCCAAAAUAUACGCAAGCGUCGACCAUGUCGCAGGACGGUAAAGUCUCACCACCCCAAUAUAUCGUGACCACCCCUAGCGAGGUGGACGCGGAAGAAGUACGCUCGGAGCAGGACUUGGAGUGCGGUGAGGAUGGCGUUGCCGAUGAACUGACUGCGCAGCAGAAGCUUAUAGGUCAAAUGGCUACACAAAUGGCCAGUCGAUCCUUCUCCGUCGCCACUAGCUCCUCUAUAAUUAAAAGAGGCGGCAAUUCAUUAGAUGGCGACACAGCUUUGGGCAGCGCCGUGCUUGGUUCCACCGUAUCCACACAACAACAGCAACAGCUCAGCAGUCAGGUGGUGCACUCACAAAAGACCAUAACGACAAACACUCGCAGCCAGAGCUUGCAAUCAUCAUCAAUGAUUAGCGGCGAUCAUUCGCUAUUAAGCCAGCUGGGUGGAAGCAUCGGGGGACUGGGUACGGGCAACACUGCAGUUACACAGCUGAGCGGACAGUUGAAGGCCAAAUCUAGUACUUCAAUUGUGUCUAACGAACAGCGCAGUUACAUACAAAAGAUGGCCUCCACCACGUCGACCUCAUCGACUAAAACGAAUUUUAAGAGCUUCCUACAACAUCCCGAUACCACCGGACAUCCCAUUAGCUCGAGCAGUGGCAGUUUUCUCACAGCUCAUCAAAAACAUGUACGUCAAUUUGUGCGCUCCACUUCGGCGCAUUCGGAAGCCACAGGGCAGCCAGGGAGUAGUUCGUUGGGCGGCCAACGUCCUGAUAAAUGUAUACGUAGCGCUUCGACUCAAAUCGAAGAGAUUGGUUUAGCUGAGGCAGGUGAGACUGGAGUGGCAACAUUGUCCACCAACAAGUUGGGACUUCAGCAGUCCUCAUCGAUUUUAAUCUCAAAGUCAGCGGAAACCAUCGAAAUGAAGACAUCAUCCCAAUCAACAGGCAUACGCACACAGUUGACAUUGUCUGGUGGUCUAUUGGCGCCACCGAACCGCAAAAUUACGAUUUUAAGUCCCAUACACGCGCCAGCUGGCUUGCACGAGCUUUUGAAACGUUCGGGUCGAUCACCGUUGUCGCCGCGCAUCAGCUUCCCAGGCAGUGAAGCGGACCUUUUUGGCACAAACGCCAACGCCUCCAGCACCACAACCGCAAUAACCAAAAGCACAACAAUAGCCACCACCACCACCACAUCGACCGCAAACCCUCCAGCCAUAGCAAUAAAAACUCAAAUUUCUUCAGCCGCUGAAAUUGCAUUUAAGGCAACGUGUCCCCCACAUCAACAGCAGACUACACAAUCAACUCAUCCAAGAGAAAUAAAAACAACUACAACAGCUCACCAGACACAGCCAUUGCUAAAGGCGACCAGCAAAGUAAAGCAAAAAGUACGCAAAAAAAGACAAAUUACAUUUAAUUCUGUGCCGGUGCAACGUCACGCCCCCUUUUUAUCGAAGGGCGCAUUACUAACAGGUGCUGGAGCGGCAGAAAGCCAACAAAAGACUGAACGAUUUGCAAAAUCACAACAUACGUGCGGUGCAACGGCCGUCACGACGGUUGCGCCUGCGCGUGCACUGGCGGGAGGAGCGGAGCGCAAAGGUGUGCCCGCAACACAAUUGAAAUCGGCAAGAGCGCAACCGCCGGCGGCUGCAAUUGCCAGUCACCCAAUCACAACAAGCAUAACUACAGCAAUAACUAAGACUGCAACAACAAUACCACAGGCACUACACCAACCGCCACCGCCCCCGCUACAGCAACAGCAGCAAACCCACCAUAUACCAACCAUCCCAAGCUUCAAGCCGGCGGUGAAGCGGUUAAGUAGCGGCAGCAUUGGCAGCAUUGGUGCUACCAUCAGCGCCGCCAGCGGUAUAAAAGCGACACGCGCACGCUUAGCACAUUUUCUGAAAAUCCAAUCGCCGAGCGCCCGUAAAGCGCGAGCACGUCGAAAAUCGUCAACACCCUCGGCUAGUUCGCUAAUUGUGGUCGAUAUCGCUGGUACGGCAGCUGGUGGCCGGGGUGUGGUAUUUGAGGGGUGUGGUAAAGCAUCAUCUGGUGCACCUAUUACAACACCGCCAGCAAGUGGAUUUGGCAAUUUACCUGUGAUAGUAGCUGAGAGUGGUGGAAAAGCAGGGAGUGCUGGUGCUACAGCUGGUGUAGGAUUACCUGUGGAUGCAGGCGAAGACGGUGCAACGGCAACAGCAACAGCGGCUGCAACGUGGUGCGGCGGCGUUAAUUUCUUGGUGUAUAUGGUGUGCUCAUUUUGUUGUUGUUGCUACAAUUUUCGCAACACACCAACAAGUAUACCUGCAAAAUGCUAA